AUGCAACUCAGGAGAGCAGCACGAGUAAUUCUAUUUGGCGCGCCCGGCGUUGGCAAAGGGACGCAGAGCGAGAGGUUGUUGAAGCGCUUCCCUCAACUCAAGGCCAUCAGCACAGGCGACCUUCUCCGCCACAAUGUCAAGAACAGGACGCCUCUCGGUAUCAUGGCUGAAAAGACCAUCAAAGCCGGAGGCCUGGUCGCUGACGACUUGAUGCUUCGUCUCAUCUCAGGAGAGCUUCGAUCCCGGGGUUGGCUUUACGGAGGCCGCCCUCCGGUCAUGACACUCUCCGCCGAAGCUACUUCCACCGAGGGCUCCUACAGCGCCUCUUCCAUGGAUCACUUCAACUCAAUGUCUUUCCAUCUCGAUGAGCAUGCCGUUCCACAGGCUUCCGAGGAUCCUUCCGCGUCCUUCAUGCUGGAUGGCUAUCCCCGAACUGUCCCCCAGGCAGUCACGCUUGAAAAGAUCGUCCCCAUGAACCUGGUCGUUUCCAUCCAGACUCCAUUCUCCGUCAUUCUCGAGCGCAUCGCCGGCCGAUGGGUGCACGAGCCUUCCGGCCGCGUGUACAACACAACUUUCAACAGGCCCCGCGUUCCCGGCCGCGACGACGUCACCGGAGAGCCCCUCACCCAGCGCCCGGACGACAACGAGGAGACGUACCGCGCACGCUUCCAGAAGUUCCAGGAGAACAGCGAGCCGCUGCUCAACCACUACGCCAAAAAGGGCGUCUUGCUCGAGGUCGAGGGCAUGAGCAGCGAUGAAAUCAGCCCUAAGCUCUACGAGGCCUUUGAGCGCCGUUUCGCUCAUUAA